CAGAAAUAAUAGCGUCCAGGUUCAAUGAACCAUGAAAUCCGAAGCCCUCCUAUUAUUUAACGGUCCCUUCCCAAUACUCCCGAAUCUAAAACCCACCACCGCACAGAAAGGGAAAAAACGAACAGCAACCAAACAAUCCCGAUUUCCCGUCUCCGAUAUCAUUUUCCGGCGAAGUUAAACACAAAGCGAUUACAAGGCAAAGCACCAUACUCACCAUGGCCUUCGUCGCAACCUCUUCUUCCACCACCGCGAUUUCGGCUUCUAAUCUCGCUCGCUCCACUGGUUCUCCCUCUGAGCCCAAUGGUUUAGCUCCUCGAAUUGGCUCGUUCCGAUUGUUGGACCGUCGCUCCGCCGCCGCCGUCAACCUCUCCUCCCAGAGGCGCGCGUCGUCCGUGAGGCCGGUGAAUGCGGAGCCGAAGCGUAACGAUGGAAUCGUUCCUCUCGCUGCCGCCGUCGCCACUCCCGAAGUGGCGGAGAAAGUGGAGGUGGAAGACUACGAGCAGCUAGCAAAGCAGCUCGAGAACGCUUCUCCCUUGCAAAUCAUGGACAAGGCUCUGGAGAAAUUCGGCAACGAUAUUGCAAUCGCGUUCAGUGGCGCAGAAGACGUAGCAUUGAUCGAAUACGCGAAGCUGACAGGACGCCCCUUCAGGGUCUUCAGCUUGGACACCGGCAGAUUAAACCCGGAAACAUACCAAUUCUUCGACGCGGUCGAAAAGCAUUACGGAAUCCGGAUCGAGUACAUGUUCCCUGACGCAGUAGAAGUGCAAGCACUGGUUCGCAGCAAGGGCCUCUUCUCAUUCUACGAGGACGGCCACCAGGAGUGCUGCCGAGUCAGGAAAGUCAGACCCUUACGCCGAGCUCUGAAGGGUCUCAGGGCAUGGAUCACUGGCCAGAGAAAGGAUCAGUCACCAGGAACCCGGUCCGAGGUCCCAGUCGUGCAAGUCGACCCGGUUUUCGAAGGAUUGGAAGGUGGAGCCGGGAGCUUGAUCAAGUGGAACCCAGUGGCCAAUGUAGACGGUGGAGAUAUCUGGAAGUUCCUCCGUGCAAUGGAGGUGCCUGUGAACUCACUGCAUUCUCAAGGUUACGUGUCGAUCGGUUGCGAGCCCUGCACUCGAGCUGUCCUCCCCGGACAGCACGAGAGAGAAGGUAGGUGGUGGUGGGAGGAUGCCAAGGCCAAAGAGUGCGGCCUCCACAAGGGGAACUUGAAACAGGACGCUCAGGAAGUGCCUGUCAACGGAACUGCAAACCGAGACCUAUUUGAGGGGAAGAACCUGGUGGCAUUGAGCAGGAACGGGAUGGAGAACUUAUUGAAGUUGGAGAAGAGGGAAGAGCCGUGGAUCGUCGUGCUGUACGCACCGUGGUGCCAGUUCUGCCAGGGGAUGGAGAGCUCGUACGUCGAGCUGGCGGAGAAAUUGGCAGGGAGUGGAGUGAAGGUGGGGAAGUUUCAGGCGGAUGGUGAGCAGAAGGAAUUCGCCAAGCAAGAGCUGCAGCUGGGGAGCUUCCCGACGAUCCUCUUCUUCCCCAAACAUUCGUCGAGGCCAAUCAAGUAUCCCUCGGAGCAGAGGGAUGUUGAUUCGCUGAUGGCUUUCGUGAAUGCUUUGAGGUGAUUUGGGGAUGGGGGAAAGGGAAGUAGUUCUGGUUCUUUUGAAGACGGGAAUAAUGAUGAACUUCAUGGGGAGCAGAACUUAGUUGUUUGCUUCAUGUUAGGUUUGUUAGCAGUAGCAGUGUAAUAGCUGUAUCCUGUGUGUCUAGCUUUUCUUUGAUUGCUGUUUGUAUAGAAAGGGUCGGGGAGAUGGAGAUGAUGGUCGCCUAUAUGAGGCAAAAUUUUGGGUUUAUAGGUUGAUGACAGUGGGGGAGUAAUUGAUGUCGUUCGAUUUGGGAUGUUGUUUGCCGUUUUGGUCGGUAUGUGUAUGGAAAAUUGGCACUGAGAAGUGAAAAUUUGAGGUGAGCGAAUCUGUUAACGUGCGAAUUACAACGUGCAGUCGGCAGGUGAAAAACAUUGCAGGUGGGUAAACGUGCUUUGUCCUGAUGCUGCAACUGGUGAACACAUGUGGUACUGUUGCAGGAUGAAGUGGAAUCAUUAUAGCUAAUGACUAACAUCAUUAGUUCAUUACGUUAACGUUGUGAGCAUGAUCACAAAACAUGAAAGGGAUACAUGAAGAUGAUUUCAGAAAUAUCAAAAGCAGCAGAUUUUUGUGUAGGAGGCAUGUGUUGCGGUUAAUCAUGGCACGAGCUUCAUUCUGAUGAUAAUGAAUAGGAUAUGGACUUCUGAACGUAU